GCAGAACACCCACCACGGAAGAAGGCAGAGCAAGAGCGCCGAAGUCUGUCUGAGAAAUAAUGAAACAAUGAGAGGAAGACGGGAGGGUGAACAUCGAGAGAGAGGACGACAAACUACGAGGACAAACUGAAGGUGAGAGCUGAUGGUGUCCGCUGAGACAUCUUUAGAAAUCGACCAGAAAUUGGCCCGGUUUUUCGAGAACAAAAUCGGCUUUUUUUGUCGUUUUUCUCGGUUUGAGGGACGAUUUAGUAUCUGAACUGAACAGAAAAAGACUUUAAGACUUUUCUGUUCACUGUAGAUCGGCUGAAUCACUCCUGAUUUGUUGUUUAACUUCUUAUUUUUUUCUUUAACGUCCUCAUUGACAAAAAAAAAGGGUUCGAGUCAUGAUGAAGCAAGUUUUUUUUUCUGUGAUGUAUUUCUGUAAAACAAAGAUAAAAAGGCGUCAUUUUUGAAGAUGUUACCACAUGUGUGCACCAAAACUAUGAAAUAACUGUUUAUCCUGUUUAGUGUGAACUUUGUUUCUGCCUCCUCGUGAGACUAACUCCUCUCUGAUCGCUAUCAGACGUACGUAGAGAAAUGUGACCCACUGGGUGUUACAGACCAUAAUAAUAAGCGUUUAUUUGCUUUAGUGCCUCUGAAAACGUGCAGAUUUUGCAUGAAGUGACAUCCAUCCAUCAUUAUGUCUGUUUUUGUGUCAGAAAACAAAGAUGGAGUUGUGGCGGCAGUGUGCGAUUUGGCUGAUCGACUGCAGAGUUCUUCCUGACAACCACCGGGUCACAUGGGACGGCGCACAGGUAAACCAGCUGUCACACAGACCCCUUCACAUGCACACAGACCACCUACACCCUGUCUAAUUUUGUGUGUGUGUGUGUGCUGUCUCAGGUGUGUGACCUGGCUCAGGUUCUGAGAGAUGGCGUGCUGCUCUGCCAGUUGCUCAACAACCUGCUUCCUCAGGCCGUCAACCUGAGAGAGAUCAACCUGCGCCCACAGAUGUCCCAGGUAACACACACUUACACUCGGCUUUUCCUGCUACAUUUCCAUAAGGCAUUUCCAUAGCGACCAGGAGAGAGACCCAGACUGAUAGGAAAAUAGUUUGAUUUAUAUCUGUCAACAUCGGGAAAACAAGCGCCAAGAGUACGGGGGGGAUGACGACUGUGAAGAGGCUGUUGAAGCGUGUUUCCUCUUUUAAGUCUUUUCUACUUACUGAGAUUUAGAUUUAACGUGUUUUAAGAAUAAACUCACAGGAAAACUCUUCCUCUAGUUUGAUGCUCAUGCUUUAGCAGCUGUAAAGAUAACGCAGACAGGAAAUCUGUGUCGAUGGGGUGCUGCUGGCCUAUAGCGGUUUAAGAGCAUCCCGUGUACAGAGGCUAGAGCGGCCGCUGUCUGGACUCUCAGUCUCGAACCCUCUGCUGCAUGUCGUCCCCUGCUCUCUGCUCCCCGCAUUUCCUGUCUCCUUUCAGCUGUCUUAUCAAUAAAGGCAAAAACGAUCAACAUUAGCAGCAGUCACAGCCAGUGAAACAAUGAUUGUUUUUCUGUUUGCUUGCUGAGUUUCACGCGUUUAUCAGACUCGCUCAGUGUCAAUUCAACAACCAUUAUAACCUGCAGUUUCAUGAAUGGGCUGAUAGCACUCAAAUGUCCAAUAGAAAGUGAAUUCAGUGUCAUAAAAGUUGUAAAGAGCGAUAUGACGUUCAUUAAUGAGUGUAAUCAGAUAAUUCAGUCACGUUACAGCUGGUGUCCCAGACCCAGAGAAGUGAAUGAGUGAAUCCUUCAAAAGAUCAUCCUUCUGCUGAGAUGAAACUCAAGAUACAUUUACGUUUUAGCUUCAGGUCAAGAUAUGUGACAGACGAACAGUUAGAGAGGGGGGGUGAGACAGAAAAAGAGAGCUGGUUUGACACAUGGUUGACCAGAAUGUCUUGUGGGAAGUCCUUGAGUUACGUCUAAAAGGACUCACCAUGAUGUCUAAAUGUGUGUGUGUGUGUGUGUGUGUGUGUGUGUGUGUGUGUGUGUGUGUGUGUGUGUGUGUGUGUGUGUGUGUGUGUGUGUGUGUGUGUGUGUUUCAGCACAGAAGUUAAUAUGGUUUGCCACAUAGUGAUGAAACUCUGGGAGAUCCCUGUGAGGUCAAGAGAGGUGGAGAAACAUCCCGUGAUUCACAAAAAUAAAGAGGCCCGCUCUGCUGAGCACACACAUGUAAAAACAGAGGAUUUUCUCAGUGCUCUUGUAAUAUAGUUCACACGUACACACACACACAUAAGCACACACACAUUCACAGAAUGAAUUACCAUGAAUCAUGAGUUCACAAUGAGUUAACUUGAAAUCCUCACCGAGCAUUGUGCUGUGUGCAGCAGUAUCAGUUAGAAGUCGCCGUUUCCCCUUUUUCUCGAUUUAGAGUUCCGCAUUUCCCACUGCUGAGCAGACAGACGCUCAGAAAGAGCAACAGAGCAGCCGCUCCAGGAAGUAGUAUAAAACAAAAAAAAAACUGUCUGACCACCGGGUCUGUGGUUUUUGGUCUUCUUUGAAUUUAAACUGAAGUAUCAAAAAUACAUGUUUCAUUAGGUUUAUUUCAGUAGAGGACUUAAUGUGUGACGGUUCAUUAAUAAUCAUGUUCAUGGGCUUGUGGUCAUGUGGCUGAGCAGCAUUGACAUACACUUUCAUAAGGUUACCCCCCCCUCUUAAAAAGGGUCUGUUCUAGGUUCCUUUUUCUCGUCCUUGUAUUUGUUUGUGUAGUUAACCGUAGAUCCACAGGCCCCUUUUUCACUAAAACUACUGAAACUGUGCAUCAUGGGAAUUGGAGGAACAUGUUGGACCAGAUUCAGACUGAUCCGAUUAUAACAAGGCUGUGAGGGUCCAUCUGAGUCUUGCCCAAGUUCUUAAUAUUUCUAUAUGUUUUUCACAAAGUUCUGAAGACCAUCAAGUUUUGUGCAGACUUACCUUAAAACUUGAUGACCUACUUUAAGCAAACUGGACCGUCAUCUAGAGCUGGGUGAUAUGGCCUCAAAUCAAUAUCACGAUAUAUUGAUCAGUUCACCUCGAUAAUGAUAAAUAGAUGAUAACUACUCCAUAAGCUGCUCACCCCCUCCCACAUUAACUUCAUCUACUUCAGCCGCUACAACUUUCUCUCCGUCCUCCAUCUCCUCACCUGUCUUUCCCUCUUUGUUACGGACUGGAUGGGAUGGAGUCACAUCUCUGAUGUAGGACAUCGUCUUAAAGGGACAUGAGACCAUAGCCUACCUACACACAUCCAAAAACAACUUUGAUUGAUUAAUUUGACACUAAAUAUACUGAUAUGGGCAAGAUGACGCUGGUUAUUGACGUAGAUUUUGGUAUUGGUACAUUUUCAAUGUAUCGCCCAGCCCUACAGUCAGCAUCAAUACAUACAGUUUUACGUAGUUAUAUAAAUACAUGUAUAAUUAUUUCUAAUGUUCAGCGUGGACACUGUAGAGACGGACUCUGACAAAGAUUUACAGUGAAUGAUAUAUUUAAGAGUUUAAAGCAGCAGGAGGAGACUUAAGACAGAAACACUCACUAACAGGACAAGAUUAACAGAGAUUUAAAAAAAUACCACUUUGUCCACAGGGGGCGCCAAAUACAACACAAACCAAAAGUUCCUCAGAGGAGCGUUGGUUCAUGUUACUUUCAAAGUCAAGUGUGAUGUAAAGGAUGUUUGAGAAGGAGACUUUAAAUACAGGGACUCACAAAAGAGAAGAAACAAAUCUAUAAAAAUAUCUAUGACAGAAGUGAUUCCUGGAUUUUUCAGGCACCAUGAUUAAAAAAAAAAACAGUUUACAAGCUUUUAAAAAUGACAAAGUGUUGAUCUUGUCCCUGAUGGUCUCGUUUACUUUUGUUUGUCAUAAAAAGUCAUCAAGAAAUGUCAAAAACUCCUCAUUGGAGCUGUAAAUUGAAUAUUUUAGUAGAACAGCCGUUAUCGUGGUUGUUCCAUGACGUUGUGAACUUUGGUGAACACAAAAAACUAUAUUUGGUUAAUGUAGAAAUGCUGUGAUGUUGUUGGUUCGAAUCAGUGAAAUUCAACUCUCUGUGUCCGUGUGUUUUCAGUUCCUGUGUCUGAAGAAUAUCCGGAUGUUUCUAGCGAUUUGUCAGGACAAGUUUCAUCUGAAGAAGAGCGAACUGUUCGAAUCCUUCGACCUGUUUGAUAUGAGAGACUUCGCAAAGGUAACACCACAACACAUCUAUCUAUCUAAUCUAGUCUAAUCUAAUCUAUCUAUGUAUCUAAUCUAGUCUAAUCUAAUCAAUCUAUGUAUCUAUGUAUCUAUCUUUUUAUCUAUCUAUCUAUAUAUCUAUGUAUCUAUCUAUCUGUGUCUAUCUAUCUAUCUAUGUAUCUAUCUAUCGAUCAAUGUAUCUAUGUAUAUAUCUAUCUAUUUUUCUAUCUAUCAAUCUAUGUAUCUAUGUAUCUAUCUAUCUAUCUAUCUAUGUAUAUCCAUCUAUCUAUAUAUCUAUGUAUCUAUAUCUAUCUAUCUCUAUAUAUAUAUCUUUGUAUCUAUCUAUCCAUGUAUAUCUAUCUAUCUAUAUAUCUAUGUAUCUAUCUUAUAUUUACCCUAAUCUAAUCUGUCUAUCUAAUCUAAUCUAUCUUUCUGAUCUAAUCUGUCUCUCAUCUGUCUGUGUUCUUCAGUCACCUCAGUAGUUGAUGUGUGAACAGAGACCCGGCCCCUCGCUGCAGCAGCUUGCAGUCAACCACAUACCCCUGACAGGAAGUAGAUUCGUGGAUUUUUGGCGUUGAGGUGUUUUUUUGUGAACCAAUGAUUUCAAAGUUCUCUUUCACUUUCAGAGCAGAGCUGCCUCCAGACUUUGGUGUGAACAUUUUUAGAUUCGUAGAUUUGUUUUGUAAGAGGAAGUCGUUUCUUUAAGAAUACAGUGACCCCACAAAGACGAGGCCAAAACUCAGCCGUGUUUCUCCUUUUUUUUUAUUUCAGUUGUAGUGAUGUGACCGUCACUGAGCUUCUCAUUUCACUUUUUACAGUCAGCCACUCAGCACAUAAAAUGAAGCGUAAGAGUUCCUCUCAGGAGCUUUAACUCGUGUACCCGUGUGCCCCUGAAAUGUCCCUGAAGGAUCCGAUGUCAGCAGCAGAAAUGAGUCUGUUCUAGUUUAGAUUUUCACUUCUCCAUACAGCCCUCCUCCUUUCUCUCUUUUUUUACUCUCGACCGAAACUAAAAGUGAGAUUGACGAGUUCAGCAGACGCAGACUUAAUGUCCUAAAUUGGACAGCGUGUGUGUUUUAUAUUCAGCGAGAACAAAAUUCAAAAAUGCUAAUCAGACUAGGAAUCCAUCAUGUUUGUGAAGUUUGAUAACCUCCUGAAGUUCUUUGAGGCGUUGAAACUCACUGUCACAUGUCGCUCGAUCAGGACGAGCCGUCAUUUUCACUGAUGGUCUGUGUGACACGUCUGAGUUUGUCUCUGACCACAGCGCUUAUCGUGUUUAUUUCAUUUCUGAGAUCACUCAUCGCCACCACAGCUUUGAGGUCGUGCAGCGCAGCAGCAGCAGCGCUCGGCUCGAGUCAAACAUUGUCUGUGUCUCUGAGUCUCACUGUACAGCAUGCAGAGUUUCGAUACUUGAACCAACCUUUGUUUGUCUGCAUCAGGUCAUUGACACGCUGUCCAUCCUCUCUCAUACAUCCAUCGCUUUACAAAGAGGAGUCCAGUAAGUCAUACUCUUUCUCUGGACAGAUUUGUCUGUACACUUCUUUAUCAAACUGAUUUAUCUUUUAGUUGUAUAAAAAUAAAUAUCUGUUAUAUUGUUUAUAUUCCUCUUCUUCACCUCCUCCUGGCUCUCUUCCCUUCCUUCAGGCCUUUUCCUUUAGAGGGAUGCACUCCAGAUGAUGAGAUCUACAGCGGCCUGUCUGAUCUGAUAGAGUAAGUCCUUUCCUGUUAAAAUAUUCAUCCUAAAGAUAAACGGCUUUAGUAAAGAAGCUCCCUGUUCGGCUGCAUUCAGCAUUUUUGUUUCGCCUCCUGUCCUAAAACUAAAUUAAACCAAAGACUGAUGUUUGUUACAAACUUGGUCGGGUUCACUUCCAGUUUCUCUCCAUAACUUUCUCUCAAAAAUAACGUUUUUUUAACAAAAUACGAACCUCGACUAGGAGGCUGAAAUGUUCUUGUUGGUUUGGACCUGAGAUGUCUACCAACAACAACAAUGAUUUAAAGAUAAUAUUGAAGCUGUAGUUUUACACUUUAGAUAAACAGUGUUGGAUGUUCUGUGUUUUUCAGUGAUACGGUGGACGAGGAUGACGACUUGUACAACUUAGUGGAGGACGAGGAGAACGAAGGAGAUGAAAUCUAUGAAGACCUGAUGAGGACAGAAGAACAUCCUGGAACUGUGAGUGGACCUCAACCAUCAAACACCUGAAAGAGAAGAGUUUAGACCGGGUCAUUAAACUCAGAGGCUGGUCAAUCUUUAGGCAGCGGCUCAUGAAGUCCAGGAGGAACUUCCUGUCUGGUCGUCUGGCUGUAGCCGCAAAGUGACGGUUUUAUUUUUAGAUACUUUACCAGAGUGAUUUAUUUCUGCAUGAAAAAUAAACAUUAGAGCGAAGACUCCAAACCAGGAUAUCUGUAACCAAGGAGGCAAUUCUGCUGAGUACAGCAGGUCUACGGAAAGUUUUAUUAGAGGAGCUCAAAUAUGAAACUCACAGAACGGUAACCAACUCCAGACAAGCUUAAAAGUCAUGUAAGAGUUUGUGGAAACAGGUUUCAAAGCCUGUCUUAAAGUCUGAAUAUUUCAAAUGACGAGCUAAAAGUAACAGAUACAUGUUAAGGAAAAUAUUAGCUAAAACAUGUCAAGGAUCAAGCUAUCAAGGUAAAAUUUCGCUAAAUCUAAGAGUUAAACUGUUGAAAUAGUUCAAACUAGGGCUGCGCGAUUAAUCGAUUUUAAAUCCUGAUCCGAUUAUUUGAUUAUGGCGAUGUUAAAAAAAUUGAAAUCCUCAAAUCGAUUUUCCUCUCUAUCAUGUCUCGCGCCUCCAGGUCACCGUUGGCUCCUCCCCCUUCCUGUGGAGCCCUCCCCAGUUCGCACACACACCAGUGUAAACAAACAUGGCGUUUGCAAAAGAAGGCGAUAAUUUCGUGGUUAAAUAGGACAAGAGCGAGUCAGUCGUGUUGAAUUGGUACGACUUCACAGUUUCGACCAUUUCACCUCCGUGUGGAUGUCUAUCUGCAUCUCUGGAAACGAUCAUGUGACACACAGAGUAACUCUUUUAUGGCGCCAAAACGACCUUAAUACACAUGCUCUGUACUCUUCUUCUGUCUUUGUGCAUUUCCUGUUCAGCGUUACAGCGCCACUUACUGGCUUGGCAGAUGUACUACAUCGUUUUUCAGUGGUCUCAUUUUGAGAGAUGAUAGAAAAACUUUUAAUUAAAGUGAAGUUUGGUGAAGUUGUCACUGAAUAAAAAAAUCGAGAUUUUAUUUUUGGCCAAAAUCGUGCAGCCCUAAUUUAAGGGAUAAAAGGUUGAAAUGAUUUGCAUAAAAAAUGAGUACGUGUUUGAAAUAGCUUACAGCUUAAAGAAAUGUCUUAGUUAUUGAAAUAGAUGACACACAAAAAAAUGGAUAAGUAGUGGAAGUGGUCGGCUAAAAUCGGUGUUAAAACGCUGAAGUAGAAAAACGGUUGGAAAUGUAAAUCAGAGCAAAAAUAUAAAUAAAAGGAAGGAUAAACAGUAGAAUUAUUCAGCACCUCAGACUUAUUCACCCUGAAUAUUUCAACUCUAGGGAUGUGUUACAGCGUCGUCACUGUGAGGCAGUCAGUGCUCAAAUUAAACAUUGAAUAAACAACCUUAAUCUAUCUGGAUUUAUCUCACAGCCAGAGGAGCUCCGAUCAGUCGACUUUUCUGCUUACUCAUCCGUUUUAUCAGAGAGCCAUCAGACGCGUUUUCUGACCUCUUCUGGGUUUCUUGACCUCUGAUCUGUGAACUAUUAACCAAAACCACCACGACUUGUGAAGAUAAGUGUUUCCGGUCGAUUUUAAGAUUGAAGCUUCAUUCAGAAAAGACAUCAUGUGUAAAUGUCAGCCGCUAAAUCAUUCAUCAGGUGAAAACGAGGCUUUGAGGAAGGUCAAGAAGGGAAAAAAUCAGGAUGUAACACUGAGACUGAAAACCCUUCAUGUUUUUAGAGACUGUUUUAAAAUGACGAACUCCUCAUUUUAUCGUUUAUGUCAAAUAUUAAUGCGCUCUGCUGUUUCCAUCAGGAUGCAAAAGUAAUAAGAACUUAAAUACUUUAUUUGACAGUUUUGUGUGUGUGUGUGUGUGUGUGUGUGUGUGUGUGUGUGUGUGUGUGUGUGUGUGUGUGUGUGUGUGUUUGCAGCAGCAGAAGGGCGGGGUGGACAAACGAGAGUGCUGCCUGCAGGAGAUCAGACAAACAGAGGAGAAAUACUCGGACACUCUUGAAUCGAUAUUACAGGUGUGCAGGUUUUCUUACUCCACCUGAAGACGACCCGCUCAAUCACUCGCUCUCUAAAACCACCUCUUCUUCUUCUUCUUUUUUUGUAGCACUUUAUGAAACCACUAGAAAAGUUUCUCCAGGUUCCAGACAUCGAGACAAUCUUCAUCAACGUAAAGGUAGUUACCCACACACCUGGUCAUGUCUGCUUUGACCGUGUCUCGUCAGACAUCUUUACACGCUUCCUCUGUAUGUGUUCGUGAAGGAUUUGGCGGUUACCCACCGUAACAUGUUGAACGAGGUCCGGUCCUCCAUCCUAAAUCAUGGAGCCAAGAACCUGUACCAGGUGUUUCUGAACUACAAGGAGAGGUAGAAAACCAAACACAACAUUGUUAAUAAGAUUUAGAUGACGAUUGUAGGUGCCGUGUGUUAAACUAUGUUUGUAAUUAUUAACCCUUUAGGCUCCUACUGUACGGACAUUACUGCAGUCAGGUGGAAACAGCGACCAAACACUUGGACAAGCUUUCAAAGAUGCAGGAAGGCCUCCGGAUGAAACUGGAGGUGAGGAGGAAACGCGCUCUCAAAUGUCACAUCAGAACACGAGCGAUAAUGAAAUCUUGGUAGGAUCAGAAGAAAGGUGUGUUUCUAAGAAAAGACGUGAAGUCUGCAGCCCUCAGAGGUGGUUCCUCUGACCUUCUUGUCCUAUCUGCGGGCAAAUUCUGUUAUAGAACGUCCUGAAGUCCCUUUUUUUCACUCAUGAAGAGCCUGCAGGAAAAAAAUGAGGAAUAAAGAUGCUCUGCAGUGGCUGGUGUAGGGCUGGGCGAUACACCGAAAAUUUACCGAAACUGAAAUUUAAGACAAAAACAGACGUCAUUUUGCCCAUAUCGGUAUAUUUGGUGUCAAAGAAAUCAAUAAAUCAAAGUUGUUUUUGGAUGUGUGUAGGUAGGCUAUGGUCUCAUGUCCCUUUAAGACGCUGUCCUACGUCAGAGACGUGACUCCACCCCAUCCAGUCCGUAACAAAGAGGGAAAGACAGGUGAGGAGAUGGAGGACGGAGAGAAAGCUGUAGUGGCUGAAGUAGAAGAAGUUAAUGUGGGAGGGGGUGAGCAGCUGGUGGAGUAGUUAUCAUCCAUUUAUGGUUAUCGAGGUGAACUGAUCAAUAUAUCGCAAUAUUGAUUUGAGGCCAUAUCGCCCAGCCCUAGUCUGAUGGAUGUUGUUAUCAAUCAGAGCUCGACUGAUCCCCCUUUUUUCUGUCAUCAGGCUUUUUCAUGUUCGACAGGUUGUGUUUGAGUCUCAUCCAGUCAAAAAAAAACACACAGAGGGUCUUUUUUUGUACGUCCUGCAAUGUAAAGUCUUUGGAGAAUUAAGGUUUCAGGUAUAAAAAGGCCCGAUACGAUAUUGAUUUAGGAUAUCAGUCUGAUAUCAGCAAAAAAAUAAAUAUUGGAUUAUAUCGGCCUGCAUCUAAAAUCUAAAAAGUAUCAGCACUUCGAUACAAGCAGUCCAUUCCAGAUUCCGCUCCAGCACGUCUAUCUAGCAGAGCCCUGAUCCAGCAUGUAGAGCCCAAAAAAUCACAACAACAGUGUGAACUAAGGUACUAACAAAUACCAACGAGUAGGACUGAUGUGCAAAACUUAUCACGCACAAUUUGAUGCCAAUAUCGGAUCAAUGUCAAGUAUCGUAUUGGAGUUAAAAAAGUUGUAUUGGGACACCCCUAAUUAAAGAGGCGGGGUCCGUCUGUCCGUUCAUCAGCUGUACAGCUCUAGAUCAGGACAAAGCCAGAAUCCAAUACUGGAUCUGUGAUGAUCUUCAGGUGGCACCGCACUAAAAACAGACAUGACUCUGUAGUGGAAGUCUCUGCAUGGACUCAAAAACUCAUUGAACACAAUUUGCUGCUUCAUUCAAAACCAUAAAGAAGACGACUCAGAAACACCGGCCCUGACUGGUGACCCAAAAAAAAAAACAGAAUUUGACUCUCAGUGUGUUUUACUGUCACCCAACCAUCUGUACUGCGGUCCAAACUCUGAUAUUAAAUGAACAGAAUAAAAAAUAAAUAAAAACCUGGUAGUGAAUCAGCAUUUUCACAUGCUUGGAUGAGACAUUUCUGUCUCAGUACCUCUUCUUGGUCCGAGAGGAAAGCUGGUUUUCUGAACAUCCUCUUCCCACAAACUGUUUUUUUCUGCAGACGAUCACUUUAAUUUCUCUCUCUUAGGAGUGUUCGAAGAGAGCGAACAGUGGACGCUUUUCUCUCAGAGAUCUGCUCAUGGUGCCCAUGCAGAGGGUCCUCAAAUAUCAUCUCCUGUUACAGGUACGUUAAAACAAGAGAGUGUGUUAGCGUCGAACCAGAGCGACAGUAUUUUUGGGUUUAUCUUCUUCUGUUCGUGUCUGCAGGAGCUCGUCAAACACACCACUGACGCCACAGACAAAGACAACCUCCGAUCAGCGCUCGACGCCAUGAGAGUGAGAUGAUGUUUACUUCGCUUUAACGUCUUAAAUAUAAAUAUAUAAACAUUAAACGAGUUUCAUGGGUUUGUGCGCUUUCAGGACUUGGCGCAGUGUGUGAACGAGGUGAAGCGAGACAACGAGGUCAUGAGGCAGAUCACAAGCUUCCAGCUGUCCAUAGAAAACAUGGUGAGCUCACACGCCGCACAUUUAAACCGUUUAUUUCGUUAUCGUCUUUGUAACGUUCUGAUCAUUCGCCCUCUGCUCUUCAGACACAGUCUCUCGCCAUGUACGGUCGACCCAAGAUUGACGGAGAGCUGAAGAUCUGCAGCCCAGAGAAGAAGUCCAAACAGGACAGGUGUGUGUCCUUAAACCCUCAGCGUUUGUGUCACCUGAUAAUACCGUAAUUUACCUGAGCUAAGGUUGCACCUGUGAUCGCCAGGUACGCGUUCCUCUUCGAUAAGGCCAUGUUUGUGUGCAAGAAGAAGAGCGGAGAGACUUUUGAGCUGAAGGACAUCAUCGAACUACAACACUUUCAGAUACGAGACGAAACGACGGGAGAGAAGGACAAAAAAAAGGUUUGAGGAUGUUUUUAUAGAAGCAGUUACACCAGAGUGAAGGUCGAGUCGACUCCUUCUAACCAUGUCCUUGUGUUUGAUUGACAGUGGUCUUAUUUGUUCCUCCUGCUCGACUGCUACGGGAGGUCCGGGUACGACUUGUACUUCAAAACCAGAGAGUUGAAGAAGAAGUGGCUGGAGCAGUUUGAGAUGGCUCUGUGAGUGAUCGCACGGAUAUUUACAUAUACCUGUAAUAAUGAUCAUGACAAUGUAGAAGAGUAAAUAAACCCCGUCUCCAUGGAGACAGAGUUCAUUACUGUUUACUGUGAUGAUAUCUGGAAACCUAAAUAUUUAUUCUAUACUCUAUUUUUUAUUUAUUGUACUUUUUAAGACCUGGAAAUUGAUCAUAUUACUUUCAUACUUUUCUAUACUUGCGUAGGGACCCUGAUGGAGAUUUCACUCUCAUGAACUGUAGUCGUGUUGUUUGCGUGUCUGUGUGCGUGAAUUCGAUCACCCUCUGUUUAUGUGCGUAAGAUAAUCGAUGUGAGGUAAAGAAAUCUUGAUAGUCUGACUGGUUUUGUUGCCGAUGUUGGUCUCUCUGGUCUCUGCGGGACCACCUAAAGGUCUUUUCAUGUUCCUCUCUGAUCCACAGGUCAAAUAUAUGUCCAGAAAACGCCACAGCCAACAACCAUGACUUCCAGAUGCACUGCUUCGAAGAAACCACCAGCUGUAAGGCGUGCUCCAUGCUGCUGAGGUACCUCCUCUCGCUGACUCUCUGACCUUAGACUUUAAAAGGGAAACUCGCCCUCUGAGGCUUCAUCUCUCUCUCUCUCUCUCUCUUUGUCGUCUGCAGAGGGAUAUUUUUCCAGGGUUAUCGCUGCACUCGGUGUAGGAUGGCUGCACAUAAAGAGUGUUUAGGCAGAGUCCCCGCCUGUGGACGACACUCAGGUCUGUCUCAGUCCGCCUGCAUGUCUGAUAUUUGUACUAAUUCACACGUCUGAUGUUGUUUUUUGCGUUUAAACCUUCAGAGCACUCCAACACCACCAAGAAGGUAAGACCACAGUCAUUGUUUACGGUGAGAAUUUUACAUGUGCCGUAUAUUUCUUCAUUAAGAUAAAGAUCGGGGGAUACGACAGAUUUUGUGUGUGAGACUCCAGCGACAGUCUCUCCAUCUGAUUUGUCUUUUUUUCUCUCAGAGUAAAUCUCAGCGGUCUUCUGGAAAUUCCUCUGUUGGUAAGUAAUCCUACAGGCGUAACACUUUUUAUUGUUUUUUCUACAAAAUAAUCUUAAAUUUCAAUAUUUGAAUAAAACCGGAGAGCAGAAAAGCAGGUCCUCUUCAUCUCAACUUCUUCUCUUUCUUGUCUCGAUCAGGUUUUCCAAAAAUGGAGGUGUGUCAGGAGUAUUAUGGCUUACCGCCGCCGCCCGUGGGCUUCGGUCAGCUCCUUCACCUGUCCAAAGGCGACAUCAUUGAGCUGAGCCGUGCUGACCCAGACCUGCCGUGGUGGGAGGUAGAGUUAGAAACCGAACGCUCUGGGCGGAGCUUUAUUUCCUGUGGUUGAUGUGUCGGUUUGUGAUGCUCUGUUUUUCAGUAAUUUCGUCUCAUCGUCCACUUCCUCCCUCAUGCCAAACCGCAUUCGGUGCAGCUCAGAGGUUUCGGUUUGGAAAAUGAAUCUGACAUAAUGGCCGAGUUUCUCUGAGCUGCUUUGGUUUUAGAGCCCGAUGCCGUUAGAUUAGAGGAUAAUUACCCGUUUUUAUUGUCUCCAUAACGACGGUGAUUUUCUAACUGUGGGGAAAGCUCGUUUCAUUACACUUUAUUACAGGUGAUACUUUUUUUUUCAUCAGCGCUCGUACAUAAUUCUGGAAAUUCCCUUCAACGCUCUGGACUUUUUCAGCGACCCAGAAAAUAGUCUGAAAAUAAAGUUUUUUUACUUCAAAUGUAAGUGCUGCACGCUGUUUGAAAUGACGGAAACUAAGGGGAGGACAGACCACCUCUGAGCGUCAUUCCUUCGUCUUCUUAAAGAUGAUAAUGAUAAUACUUAUUGUUGUUAUUAUUAUUAUUAUUAUUAUUAUUAUUAUUAUUAUAACAUUAAAAAUUAUGAUGAUAACAACAAUAAUAAUAAUAAUGAUGAUGAUAAUGAUAAUAAUAAUAAUUUAUUUAUUUAUUAAGCACGUUUAAAAACGGUUAGAUGUGGAUCCACAACGUUUUAAAGGCAGUAUCAGGAGUUUUAUGUGUUUGGAUGAAAUCAGUGAAGUUAUUUUAGGAUGAAGACUGCAUUUCCCAUGAGCACCCCCACACACUGUCAUAAAGACAAGGGUCUAGGCUAGGGGUGUGCAAUCUGAGAUCUUAGAUCAUGGAGGAUUAAAAAGUGAUGAUCGCAGCACAGAGAUCGUACAACCGUCUGUAGGGCACAGUGUAUCCCUAAUGUUUUAAAUUAAUCAAAUAAACAUCUGAGGAGUUAAGAGAGAGCAUUUUAAUUUACCAACAGAAUUAAUGUGUUACACAUCGACCUUCCCCUUUGUUCCGAGCCAGGAAGUAGCCAGGCUAUAUUGUCAGGUUUUAGCACCGAGCGGUAAGAUUAUAUCUGUUGUAUAUUGUAAACUAGUUUUAAGAGAUUUAUAUAAUUUAUGAGACUUUAACACACACCCCCCCAAAAAAAAAAAAACAUGAUUGUGAUUUUGAAAAAAAAAUCCCGAAAUGAUUUUUUUUCCAUAUCACCCACCCCUACUCUAGACAAAAUGUACAUUUAUUAUGAAAGCAAACGAAUGAACUUCAGAUGUUCUUGUAGGAUUUCAUUUUUGCUCGGUGUCGUUUUAACCUUCAUCAAAUCCUUUUCAUCGUCAUUUUGAUCUUUUACUAACAAAGACCCGCUUUUACAGUUUCACCGUCUGAAACAAACAAACUUUAUUUAAAAAAGAAAAAAAAACUCGUUUCUGACAAACUUUAUCAGCAGAUUUCUAACACAGAUACUUCUGGGUCAGUGCGGUUUAUCAACUCUUUUUCAACUAUCAACUCUAAAGACAGAACUGAUCGUGUUUCUGAUAUAAAAGUUAUGAGUGAAGUUGUUAAAGACUCCUCGCCGUCUCUGCUAAUCCUCUCCUGUUGAUUACAUAUUUGUUUUUGAAUCACCUCGUAUUAACAUCAUUCCUCUCGUUUGUGUUUCUCAGUCAUUAAUUUUUGUCGAUCAUGUGUCUCUCAGGGGAAGAACCUGACUGUGGGACAGAUGGGAUGGUUCCCCAGCCAAAAAGUCCAGCCCUACGUCUCUGUGAGUUGAACCCCAGACUUGUCGAAAAUUCAGUAACACACGCUACAGUGUGUGGUGAUAAAGUCAGUUUUGAUUCCUCGUCUAUGUGUCAGUUUUCACAAGUUAGCUGAAGGAUUAAACGAGAAGCACAUCCACCACCAUCACCACAGACUGUUGCAGAGUUAACAACUAACCUCUGAGUGUGAUCUCUCUCUCUUUCUCAGAGGCCGACCCCGGACCUCUCGGGCUUCAGCUGGUGAGUUGUUACAGGAACUGGGUUUGAUCACCCGCUCGCCAAACCACUCUUAACCUCAGAGGCAUUUCAGUGACACCACAGAGUUUAAAAUACAUAAUGACACUCAGCCUCAGAGGAAGACACUGCAGAGUCUGAAUCCACCUCAAACUGCUGUGUCCGGUUUUUAAAAUGACCCACAUCCAUCAGAGCGUGUGCUCUCUCUGCAAAGUCCUGCAAAUGACAUCAGUAACAUCGAAUACUCCCGUCCUUCAAGUCAUGGUCAAUAGAUCCUGAAAGGAUUUACUUUGGCGCCACCUCCUGUUCAUAAAGUAAACUUACAUGUAAGAGGAAUGUGUGCUGGUGUUUAGAGCAGAAACAAUAAAUACAGAUGAAGAGUUAAUUAUGAACAACAAUACUGAUGCUUUCAAGGACCUUCAAUGAAAUCAGAUAAUUCUGGAGUUAGUGAAGCUUAAAAACCUGAAAUAAGGUUGUUUCUGUCCUCAAAGGUCGUGUUGGUUAAUCUGAUUUAGACACACAUUUUGUUAUUCUGGUUUAAAUAAUCCUUAUGUUCCAAUGGCGAUCAAUAAAGGAGUGAAACAUCGCCGCUAUCUACAGCAGGAGUAAGACUGGGAAAACACCAACCAAUCACAUCAUGUAGGUCCCACAUUUUUAAACCAAUCAAAUCCCGCGCUCGCCUCCUGCGCUCCUCCUGCAAAAAAGAGCAAGAAAAGAAAGACGGAGGCAGAGAAGGUCAAUGCGAGACAGAGUUUGAAGAAAGCAAGGGCGAAAACGAAAGUCAACAUCGGGACAGCUUUUCAGCGAUGGAGAGAACUGAAAGAGGUUGAGGGUUUAAAAGUGACGCCACGGUCGCUUAUUUUCUGUUGGAAAUGUACGUUGAAGGUUUGUUUCAGAUUUUUAAUCUUGUUAAAAGUUAGUUAAGUGGUCAUGCAGAUGCUCACGUUACCGUCUUUGUCCCUGCUGUGAAAGACUUCCCAAUCUAAAGUCCCAAAGUUUUGAGUCUGUGGUUUUUAAUCAGCAGACAGCGGCGCUCGUGCAUGUGAGAUUACCAACCCUACCUUUAAGUGAUUUCAGUAGCAAAGAUACUAAAGAGGUGUCAGAGUUGGUAUCGAUCAGUUUUUAUGUCUCAGAAUAGAGAGUAAAGCUCUGCUGCUCACUGUGCUUAAAGGUUUGCAGGAAACAUGGACAGAACGGCGGCGAAAAACCUGCUGAUGUCUCGGUCUGAUGGGACCUUCCUGGUACGGCAAAAAGACGCAGGAGAGUUCGCGAUUAGCAUCAAGUAAGUCUCGCCGCAGGAAUGAUCUUAUAGUCAUCUCAACUCAAACGCCUCUUUGGUUUUUGUCAAGCACUGAUCGUCCUCGUUUUAUUUUCAUCUGCUCCACCAGGUUCAACAUGGACAUCCGGCACAUAAAGAUCACCUCAACUGAAGGUCUGUACCGCAUCAACGAGAAGAAAGCAUUCAAGGGUCUGAUCGUAAGUUUCACCUCAUCCUCAAAAAUCCCGACAACGAGCCGAUGAAACACUCGGACUCUCACUCUCAAAUCUAACGAAGCCUCUCCUCUCUGUGUGUCAGGAGCUGAUCCAGUUUUACCAAAAGAACUCUUUAAAGGAGUAUUUCAAAGAAGUGGACACCACUCUGUGUACGCCGUAUAAACAACCCGAGCAAAGCUUCUCGCCGAACAACACGCCAAAUAUCACGCCAGGUAAAACACAUCUGUGACGGACGUUUUAGAGUCGGACCAAAGCACAAAGAAAACCCGGACAUAGAUCACAGCAGGAUAAGAGACAGAGGUCGAGCUGAGAGUCUUCUGUUAGACGUGAUAGAACGAGAGUUUUCAUCCUUUCAUCCAACCUUAAGAAGUUCAUUUCUGACCAUCUUCCUGUUUCCACGUUGGCUCUGCCUGAUUCAGGAGGCAGCAUAAAGAGUUUCGGCGUGGCGAGGGCCAGGUACGACUUCUCCGCCAGAGACCGCUCAGAGCUGUCGCUGCGGGAAGGAGACACCAUCAAGAUCAUCUCCAAGAAAGGUCACAGCGGCUGGUGGAAAGGAGAGGUGUACGGACGGGUGAGGGAUUGAAAAACACUCGCUCUUUAACAGCGUUUCCACAGACUUCGGGGUUUCUUAUUGGACGUUCUCUGCUCCUGUUUCCAGGUGGGCCUCUUUCCAGCCAACUACGUAGAGGAGGACUACUCCGACUAUUGCUGACGCGGAUCCUGGAGAUGUGUGGACUCUGUGUGAUCAGGGGUCUGUGCCGAGCCAGGUCCCAUGAUCUGCAUUAAUGCAUAUGGAUGAGUGUGUUUCCGUGUGAGUGUGUGAGAGAGAGAGAGAGAGAUGCUCUGUGAUCUGAUGCUUGUCCAGUGGUGUGAAUAAACCUUUGUUCAUCUGA